AUGGGCCGAAAUCGAGUUAUGUCGUUCAUGUCCCAGUUUAGGGACAGAGACUCUAAUAGCCCUACUCGACCACCUCCAUCUACAGGCCGAGCACGAAGUCGAACCGAAUCCUACACACAGCAAGGGUCCCAAGAUACAGGAAAGUCGUCCUCGGGAAGAGAGCCAUUUCCAACUUCGAGCUUCCAAAUAUCCUCUCACCAGGAAUCGCCUUUGAGCGAAGUUCGCGCAUCUCCUCAGCCGACUCGAACAAGGGAACGAGCAUCUUCUAGACCAACGUCUAUGGCACAAACCUUUCAGCCUCCACUGAUGGAUGUGAACCAAGAUACCUUGCCGGAACUACAACCAAUUUUCACAUUCUUGAAUAGUCACAGCAACAAAUUGUACCAGGAAGGGUAUUUCUUGAAAUUGGAUGAUCAAAACAUCCACGGCAAGGCCAAUGCCGACCGAACCUGGACAGAGUGUUUUGCACAGCUUGUGGGAACUAUCCUUUCAUUGUGGGAUGCAGCAGAGUUAGAUGCUGCUGGGCAAGACGGAGAGGUCCUCCCAAAGUUUAUCAAUCUCACAGAUGCCUCGAUCAAAAUGAUCGAAUCCCUUCCCACAAGGUCACCCACAGAAGCACCUUUGCAGAAUGUCCUCAGCAUAUCCACAGCUGGUAAGAAUAGAUACCUAUUGCACUUCAAUUCACAUCACUCGUUGGUUCAAUGGACCGCCGGUAUCCGUCUCUGUAUGUUUGAGCAUGCGUCAUUACAAGAAGCCUACACAGGUGCGCUCAUUGCUGGUAAGGGUAAAUUAUUAAACAAUAUCAGACCCAUCAUGGAGCGCUCAAGGAUCCAAACUGCAGACUGGGCCCGAGUGAGAUUUGGCGCUGGAACGCCUUGGAGACGAUGUUGGUGCGUAAUCACUCCACCCGAUGAAAAGGAAGUCCAGCGACUACAAAAGCAAUCGCAAAAGAAGAGGUCGGCAUAUGAUCGCUCCCGACCCCCUAUAUUGAAAGGCGACAUCAAAUUUUAUGAUUCCAAGAGGACGAAAAAAAUUCGACCAAUCGCUACGAUCAACGAUGCAUAUUCGGCGUUUGCCAUAUAUCCUCAAUCCAAACCACUCAUAGAUGCUUCCACUUUAGUCAAGGUUGAAGGAUCUAUUACGAUUCACUCAAACCCCCCUUUGACAUCUGAAGGAUUCGUAUUUGUCAUGCCCGAGGUACAUCCGGCUGUAAGUGGCUUUGAAAUGAUGCUCCGUUGGCUUUUCCCGGUCUACGAUACGUUUGGUCUGUAUGGACGUCCUGGUCGUUUGAUUGCAGAGACAAAUGACACCAGAAGUUUGAUGUUUGCAAUGCCAGAACACCGAAGAUAUGGAUAUUUAGAAACCCUCGAUGUUUCAAGUCUAAUAUCGGAGCAAGGUAGCGCUAACUGGCUAGAAUCUGAAUGGAGAGGAAGAAUGAAAGAUUUGACAGCGAAGCGAAUGGUGACUCUCAGAAACAACAGCCAAAGAAAUAGCCAGUACGGCAGUAGAAGAAGUCGCAAUAGUGUAGGAAAUCCUCGGACUCGCCUUCAGUUUGACGAUGCAGCAUCGGUCAGAUCAUCACCAUCGAUACAGUUUGGUGCCCGUCCGGCGGGAGAUGUUGGCUAUAGCGGUCUCCCUAGAACUGAUUCGGCACCUGUUGCAUUUCAACAGCCAAAGACCUCAGGAGCGUCUCAUCAAAGGUCAAUAUCUGAAUCUCAACCACCCAGCCGUGAUCAGAAUCAAAAUCCUUCUGUCUUUGAUGGAGCUUUUGAACCUGCUCCUAUCCCACUGCACACUGGCUCAGGUUUGAAAUGCGUACGAGAUGCUACACCUUCCCCCGACCGCCUCAGUUCAGAAGAUGAGCAAGCAGCCAGUGCAACUCCAGUUCGCGAACUACAAGAAUUGCAAACGGUUACGGUUCCAGAACCUGUAGCUGCACCCCCAGCUUUCAAACACGCGCCGGGCGCUAAACCCCCCAGCAAACCCCUGCAAUCAACAGAUCUUCGAAAAGCGAAUAAUCGCAUGUCUACCGCAACAUUAUCUCAGUUAACUGGUGCUGCCGGUGCUGCAGCCACUUACCAAAGUCAAGACCGAAGAGGAUUGAAUGCUCAAACGCAUGAUAGAAUAGAGGAGGAUGAAGAUCAAGGUAGAGGGGUACUGUCAGACGUCACCAGAUAUCACCAUAUGCCUGCUAACCAUGACAUCAUUAAUGAAGGCAUCGUAGCAACCUACGAACCUCGUAACGAACAAGAGUCCACUCUUCCCUCGAACCGCGAUCAAAUCCCGUAUCAAAACCAACACUAUCAAUCUAAUAAUACAAAUUUUAAUUCAAGAUCACAACCAAAUCUCUCAAACGAUAUGCUCCCACCAAAGAACCCCUCUAGCCAACCAUCUCGUCUACAGACCAGCCAAAGCAUCUCAAGAAAGCCUCUUCCUACACAAGAAGAGAACCAAUCAAGCCCUAAUUCGUCGCAUCCACCUUCUAGCUCUGGGAGCUUGACUCAACAUAUUCUCGAUUCAGGUGCUUUCGAUUUGAUAUUGCCUAAAGCAGACGACUUUAAGCUUCCCCAGAUGAAUAGACACAAUAGUGAUUUAAGUAGUGCAUAUGACGACGCUGCAUCAACUGGUACCCCGGAUUAUGCCAGUACCAAAAAGUCUGUGCGAUCUGUACGCACGCAAGAGUCUGUCGAAAAGCCUCGAGCAGGGAAGAAGAAGAUCAUCGGCAAUAUCGAAGUUGGGCAGCCACUUUAUGGUGACGAAAACACAUUGUCAAAAGGAGUUGAUAUUGAUUUUGGUCCUACCUUUGAUCUCAAUCGAGCACCCGGUCAAGAAUCUCCAAGUCCUCCUCCUAAACAGAAUAAUUUUAAUCAUUCAAGUCCUGAAAAGCGUCCAAGUCAUGAAAGAUCUCCUAGCGGCAAUGCACUAGCUUGGCAACCUGGAAUGAGUGCAACCGCUGCUAACAAUACCUUUGGCCACAAACAAGGUUUGACGGCGGAAGAGUAUGUUCAGCAGCGUUCCAUGGUUGCUGCUGCCACACCGCAAUAUAUCCACCAACGUCAGCCUUCAGGCAACAUUCUACGUGCCACUUCUCCUACGCCUGCACGCGCCACGCCUUCCCCUACACCUGGACGAUAUACCCCUUCCCCUACGCCAGGUCAAACUUCUAAGCGUUCCAGUGCACUGAUAGGUCAGCAUUCACGCCAUAGCUCAGCAGAUUUAUUAAAUCUCAAUGAAGGACAUGGUCAAAAUCGUCACUCACGCCAUAGCUCAGCAGACUUGUUAAAUUUCAAUGAAGGAUAUGGUCAAAACCGUAACUCACGUCGUAACUCAACAGAUCUAUUAAAUUCUGCUGAGGUGUAUGGUCAACAGCAACAUGCACGUCACAGCUCAGCUGAUCUUUUACGUCCAAGCUCGAGAGGUGCAAACAGAGUUUUAGGGGCCUCUGGAAAUGGCACCCUUACAACAAAUCUCUCUGCUCGAGAGCAAGCUUUUGUUGCUAAAAUGACUGGUGGACCCCUCAUUGCCAUGGCUAAGAAUACUAACAAAGAUAACGUUGUUUCUGCUGGUCUCGUUGGAGCUAUUGGUUCGCGUGAGAAGGAAAAGCAACAUGUCAAGCAAGGACUCAAAUCUCAGUCGGUACAGCAUGCAAUUGCACUUCGUCAACAACAAUUGGCUCAGCAACAGCAACAGCAGCAGCAGCAGCAAGCUGAACAACGUCGCCUUGAUCAACAAUUAGCUGAACAAACUCGUCUUUUGCAACAAACUGAGCAGAACCGUCGCCAGUCCCAGUAUGCUAACACCAACUAUUCACCAUCACAGUUUGCAGUACCUAGUAAGAGAGGUUCAUGGAUGGGGCCAAACUUCCCUCAGGCAGCGGCAUGGACAACACCAGCGCAAUUACCAGGGCAAUAUCAAACAACUUUGGCACACUCACCUGGACAAUAUCAACCAACAUUGGCUCACUCGCCUGGACAAUAUCAAACAACUAUGGCUCACUCUCCUGGACAAUACCAACCAACCUUAUCAUACUCUCCUGGGUAUCAAGCUUCCCCUCAUCAAUAUUCUCAACAACAGCAAUAUUUCCCUCAAUAUCCGCCAGCGCAAGGAGGACAGAGGAACUCUGGAUACUAUGGAUAA